UCUCGAGUUCCUCCCUUCCCCCCCCCUUAUCUCUACACCAUCCGUACCACUCGCGCGCGAAACGCCCGAACGACCUCGUAUACUCCUGCAUCGCAUCGCGUAGUUAGGAGACUACGACCCGAUCCCCGUCCGACGUCUAGUUUCUUCUCGCAUACCUUCCCACUGCUCCGAGCCACGAGGCGAUUCCUCGAGACCGUGUAGGGCAUGACCUCGUCACCGUUGCGCCUGUCCUCGGACCGUAAACCCUCGCCCACCCGCCGCGAUGAGUCGCCCACGAACCCCGACAACGACGAUCCCGCCUGGUCGGAAAGUACGAUAAGAGCCGGCGCCGCCGAGCCCUCGGGCCUAGACAGACUAAACGAGAGCUCUCCCCUCCUCUCCCCUACCGCAGCCGCACACGAUGAUCUCUUCGAGCGCGCCGAGGAUAGCGAACACGACAGGUUUCAGGCGACCAAGAGCAUUUGGUACCUCCUGCUCUUGACCGUCAGCAUCGGAGGACUCCAGGUGGCGUGGGCUGUAGAGCUGUCCAAUGGCACUCCGUACCUCCUGUCUCUAGGCUUAAGCAAGUCGCUGAUGGCCCUCGUAUGGGUCGCUGGACCGAUAACGGGCACGCUGGUCCAGCCCUACGUCGGUAUGCUGAGCGACAACUGCAGGGUAUCAUGGGGGAAGCGCAAGCCGUUCAUGCUCGGCGGCGCUAUUUCUACCGUGCUGUCUCUCAUGUUUCUCGCCUGGAUCCGAGAGAUCGUCGGGGGCUUCCUCAGCAUCUUUGGAGCCGAUCGCGAGUCAGACGGCGUAAAGACGACCAUUAUCGUCAUCGCCGUCAUCUGGAUUUAUGUCCUGGAUGUUGCUGUGAAUACGGUCCAAGCAUCUAUUCGUGCUUUCAUCGUCGACUGCGCACCCUCCCACCAACAAGAAGCCGCCAAUUCCAUGGCUAGCAGGCUGGUGGGUGUCGGGAACAUCAUCGGUUAUAUUGCUGGCGGUAUCGAACUUCCCAGGUACGUGUGGUGGUUUGGAAGCACGCAGUUCAAAGACCUCUGCGCCAUUGCUAGCAUCGCGCUUUUGUCGACGAUACUGUUGAGCAUUACCGUCAUUCGCGAGCGAAACCCGCAACUCGAAAAACGUCCUGCUGCCAGUGGGCUCGGCCUGGUGACCUUUUUCGUAAAGAUCUUCGCAUCUAUCAAAAGACUACCUCCACAAGUUGCCAAGGUCUGUACCGUGCAGAUCGCGGCCUGGAUCGGGUUCUUCCCCAUGCUGUUCUACACCUCGUCGUAUGUCGGCGAGAUCUACGUCCAGCCCUUCUUGGAGGAGAACCCGAAUAUGACACCCGAAGAGUUAGAUGAGCUGUACGAAAGUGCUACCCGAGUCGGCACGUUUGCCCUUUUGAUAUUCGCCAUCACCAGUCUAGCGACCAACGUGCUACUCCCCUUCUUCAUCGACCCGACAUACGACAACAAUCCCGUCAUUAGCCACACGCCCGAUGAUGCGCCUAGCCACUCCCACGGCAAGAAUUUCCUGUCUCGCCUCAUCAUUCCCGGACUCACAUUACGACGAGCCUGGCUACUGUCCGAAUUCCUUUUCGCUGGCUCCAUGUUCUGCACCGUCCUCGUCCGAACGGUUGAAGCUGCGACGGUACUCAUCGGCCUUAUUGGUAUUACGUGGGCUCUGGCACUCUGGGCACCCUGGGCCAUCAUUAGCGCCGAGAUUAGUCGCCGCGACGUCUUGCAUCGAGCCCGGAAGCAGCAGUUAGCCUCUCUCACGCAGGCCGCGGACGAGUUCUCCGACGAAGAGACUCGCCUCUACGCCGACGACGAGGAUGAGCCGGACCAAGCCGGCGUCAUUCUCGGCAUCCACAACAUGUCCAUCGCGUCGCCGCAGUUUAUCGCGACGCUGGGCUCCAGCAUCAUCUUCCGCCUUUUCCAGAAACCGAGGGGCGUGCCCGGCGACCACAGUAUCGCUAUAGUCCUGGCCUGCGGGGGUUUCUUCGCGCUCAUAGCGGCAUACUUCAUCCACAGGAUCAGUGACGACAUGUCGAUACCACCAGCCGCCAUAUUCGCCGCAGAAGAGGGCGACGCGAUUUAUUCGCGGCCGGGCACGUCCCAAAGCAAGAGAAGUGUCGACCAGCCGCGAGCCAGCUUAGACCGCGCCGCUGUGGCUAGAAACAGCAGUUUCGGCGCCGGGCUGGAAUAUUAAGGGUGUGUACGAAACCC